GAUCCGCUCUCAGUGCCCGGUGCCCUCGCCCCGCUCGCAGGCGGGCGAUGCAACACUGAACCAAAUCUCGUUUGCAUCUAUCUGCCAAGGGAAGGAGGGAAUCAAUGGCAUUCAGUCACCAAGCUCUGGCUUUUCACACACCUGCCUCUGUCUCUGCGCUGCCUCCUGCAUAGACUGGAUUCACACACACGCGCUAAGGAGCAUUCUGCUAUUGCAUGUUCCUCCACUCAGUGGUUCAGUGUUGGAUGUUCCUCCACUGAGUGGUUCAGUGUUGGAUGUUUCCCAUUGAGCAGUCUAAUGUUGGAUGUUCCUCUAGUGAGUGGUCCACUGUUGAAUGUUCCUCCAUUGAUCAGCCUAGUGUUGGAUGUUCCUCCGUUGAGUGGCCUACUGUUGGAUGUUUCAGGUACAGACGAAGGUGGAAGGAGCCAUGUACUUGCUGGACAAUGAGCCCUACCCUGAGAUGAUGAAGAGGGGGACUCCUCAGAGGAAGACCGUCUACCGGAUCUCCCUCACUCUGGUCAAACGGGAGGCAGCCACGGCCGAGGCUGGCAGCAAACCUUCACCUUCCCCCCGAUCUGAGGGGGCUCCAGACAGGCCAGGCUGCCCCAGUGGCACCCACCAGCCCGGGAGCCAGUGCCCAGCUGAGUGUAGCGAAGCUGAUGAUGAAUUUGAGCCACAAGCAAAUCUUCGGAGCUUUCGGACCUUCAGCACUGGCCACCUGGAACUGGGCAGGCUAAAGGUGGCCAGGAGGUCCCGAGAUCUGGGCUUCAAACUCAAGGACAAUCCAACCAAAGACCUGGUCACGUUGAGGCGCAGAGAUGGGACUUUGGCCAGACCGAGCAGCAUGCUGGCGACGGUGGAUGUGGAACUAAAGAACAAGAAAAAUUGGACCCAUUGCACUGAGAAGCUGGGGACAGGAGCUGAAUCCAAGGAACAGGUUACUGGGACUACCAGUAUCUCAAACCAGGGAAAGGACCAACAAGAAGGCAGAUCUUGUACUGAAGGAAGUAGAAGAGGAGAUCCAGCCAAAGCCCUUUGUGUGAAAGAGUUCUCAACACCUUUACAGUCCAUUAAUACAGAGGCACUUUAUCCAAGGAAAUCGCCAAGAGCAGGGGGCAAGUCAGCUUUGAGGAAAAUUGAGACAACCAUCAAGAGAGACUCGAAUGAUUCACUGAAGAGUCCUUUGGGGGACAAGGAGCUAAUAACAGUGUCACCUCCUAGUUCAGAGGCUGAUUCCUCUAAGCACAUUGCUCCAAAAGGGGAACAUGGUUUACUGUCUGUUGCCCCAGUAGUGGGCUCAUCUCUGCCAUCUGACUGUUCAACUAUUUGCGUAGAUGCCAUCAAACAAACUCCCCCGACGUCUAUGGCAACAGACAAGCGGCAUCCAAGUUUACUCAGAAGAAGCUUCAGCUUCAGACACUGGAAUGGAGAGCUAGUGAGGUUUAAAGCAUUAUCGAAGGAGAGACAUCACGGCAGCUCCAGCUGUCUCUCUGGCGUGGAGACUGGAAGCGAAUUCAAAGUCCAAAAGCCUGAGUCUUACUAUGGGGAACCUUUAACAAAUGAGAAGCGGAACACCUUAGAUGUUGGGGAAGUGCUGAAUAAAACGGAUCCACUCUCCGAGCCUGGACGGUGGGAGCGGGGAAAACGAAAGAACAGGACUUUAGACAACAGUGACAUUCACAAGCUUUCUGAAAACUUAGAGAUGGGGAGGGAUGGCUUUUUAACAGGUGCUGUGAGGUCCAGCUCCCAGGAGCACAAACUCUUCAGGUUUUUUAGUGGCAUUUUCUCAAAGCGUGAUGGUACUUCAACACCUGUUACAAGUCCUUAUGGAAAAUCACACCGGGAUCAUGUUGCCAAAUCCAAAGGAUAUGCUCGCAGCCAGAAGAAGGGAGUACCGGCCUUAGAGCAGUCUAGCAGUGAGAGCAUUGAUGAAAAUAUUUCUCAAAACGAUGCAUUUGUAAACAGCCAAGAGUGGACGCUUAGCCGAUCUGUGCCAGAACUCAAAGUGGGAAUUGUCGGUAAUUUAGCCAGUGGCAAGUCAGCCUUGGUCCAUCGGUAUCUGACAGGCACCUACGUCCAGGAGGAGUCACCUGAAGGUGGGCGCUUUAAGAAAGAGAUUGUGGUGGACGGCCAGAGUUACCUACUGCUGAUCAGAGAUGAAGGGGGGCCUCCAGAGGCACAGUUCGCAAUGUGGGUGGAUGCUGUUAUCUUUGUCUUCAGUUUGGAGGAUGAGAACAGCUUCAAUGCGGUCUACUAUUACUACACCAGGAUGGCUAACUAUCGGAGCACCACAGAGAUGCCGAUGGUACUGGUUGGGACGCAAGAUGCCAUCAGUGCAGCGAAUCCACGUGUGAUUGAUGACUCCAGGGCCCGGAAACUCUCCAACGAUCUGAAGCGAUGCACUUAUUACGAGACGUGUGCCACCUACGGCCUGAAUGUGGAGCGGGUGUUUCAGGACGUUGCCCAAAAGAUAGUGGCCACGCGAAAGAAGCAACAGCUCUCUAUUGGACCAUGCAAGUCGCUGCCUAAUUCCCCGAGCCACUCGUCGGUGUGCUCUGCACAGGUCUCCGCUGUUCACGUCAGCCAGACAAGUAAUGGUGGAGGGAGUUUGAGCGAUUACUCCUCUUCUGUCCCUUCCACACCCAGCACAAGUCAAAAGGAGCUACGAAUAGACAUUCCUCAAACCGCCAACACUCCAACUCCUGUUCGAAAACAGUCCAAGCGACGGUCUAAUAUAUUUGCUUCUCGAAAAGGAAGUGAUCUAGACAAGGAGAAGAAAAAUCUUGAGACCAGAGCAGACAGUAUUGGGAGCGGCCGAGCAAUCCCAAUUAAGCAGGGUAUGCUACUUAAGAGGAGUGGGAAGUCACUGAACAAAGAGUGGAAGAAGAAGUAUGUAACGCUGUGUGAUAACGGACUCUUGACGUAUCAUCCGAGUUUGCAUGAUUACAUGCAGAAUGUCCAUGGAAAGGAGAUCGACCUCCUUCGGACUACAGUCAAGGUCCCAGGAAAGCGGCCCCCUCGUGCCACCUCAGCCUGUGCCCCUCUCUCCAGUCCCAAAACAAACGGUCUGCCCAAAGACCUGAGCAGUUUGCACAUUUCGCAGAAUCCAGGUAACGUGACCCCUACAGGCUCAACAACACAGAUGGCGAGUGGAAUCAGCCUGGUCUCCUUCAACAGCCGCCCCGAGGGCAUGCACCAACGCUCAUACUCCGUCUCCAGUGCUGACCAGUGGAGUGAAGCCACAGUGAUCGCCAACUCUGGCAUCAGCAGUGAUGCUGCCAGACCUGAUACUGGCCUGGGAGAUUCUGUCUGUUCAAGCCCCAGCAUAUCAAGCACCACCAGUCCCAAGCUCGAGCCUCCACCUUCACCCCACGCCAACAGGAAGAAGCAUCGCAGGAAGAAGAGCACUAGUAAUUUCAAAGCAGAUGGCAUCUCGGGCACAGCAGAAGAGCAAGAAGAGAAUUUUGAAUUUAUAAUUGUCUCUCUCACGGGCCAGACAUGGCACUUUGAAGCUGCCUCUUACGAGGAGAGGGAUGCGUGGGUGCAGGCGAUUGAAAGCCAGAUUCUGGCCAGUUUGCAGUCCUGCGAGAGCAGCAAGAACAAGUCACGACUGGCAAGCCAGAAUGAAGCCAUCGCCCUUCAGUCAAUCAGGAACAUUCGUGGCAAUUCUCAUUGUGUGGACUGCGAGGCACUAAAUCCAGACUGGGCCAGUUUAAACCUAGGAGCCCUCAUGUGCAUUGAAUGUUCUGGUAUCCACCGCAACCUUGGCACCCACCUAUCACGGGUUCGCUCCCUCGAUCUUGACGAUUGGCCCCUGGAGCUCAUCCGGGUAAUGUCAUCCAUUGGGAACGAAGUGGCUAAUGGCAUUUGGGAAGGAAGUGCUCAGGGACGCAGCAAACCCUCACCGGAUUCCACAAGGGAAGAGAAGGAGCGUUGGAUCCGUGCUAAGUAUGAACAGAAACUGUUCCUGAUCCCACCGCCGUGCUCAGACAUUCCCUUGGGACAACAGCUGCUACGUUCUACAGCUGAGGAGAACUUGCGGGCUGUCAUCCUGCUCCUAGCCCACGGCUCCAAGGAUGAAGUAAAUGAGACUUACGGAGAGGGAGACGGACGCACAUCCCUGCACUUGGCCUGUAGGAAAGGGAACGUCGUCCUCACCCAGCUUCUGAUCUGGUAUGGAGUUGACAUCCUGGCGCGCGAUGCCCACGGGAACACUGCACUGGCCUACGCCAGGCAAGCCAUGAGUCAGGAGUGCAGCGACAUCCUGCUGCAGUACGGGUGCCCCGAGGAGCACUUCAUCCUGGUGGCAACUCCCAACCUGUCCCGCAAGAGUGGCAAUCGCAACAACAACAAUAACAACGGCGGAAGGAUGGACACCAAACUGCCCACUGUCAUUUGAGGAGGAGCACAUCAGACUUUUGUGUUUAAAGAGCAGCACUGAACAUCUCCCUUUUACAGCCUCGUAUCUGUGAAACCUCAUUCCACUCCUGAUUAAGUUCUCGAAGCAACGUAACGUCAUGAAGAGCCGGAGGAACGGGGAAAAGAAGAUGACCAGUCGCGGAUCAGCUCAUUGCUCAAAUGAGCCGAGGCUCUGUGCCGUCAAAAAAAAUUUAAAAGGAUCAGGAAUUGCCCUCCUGAAGAAGAACCCAGUAGUAGAGGGUGAAAGCUCUGAGCUUUACAAUACUGGGCCAGCAGGGCAAACUUGUGAAAACGGACAAGGGAAAUUGGAAUUUUCAGGCAUUGGCAAUUAGCUGUCAGUACGUUUCACCUCUACCAAACAGGUUGAUUCAGCUCUUCUGUGGAGGGCCCUUGCUGACAUAAAUCAGCCGAGAGCACAGAGUUUGUCAGGUUUGAAGCUCCAAUGAUGGUAUGUGUCAAAUCAGUUGUGGCUAAUCUGUCCGGGGAGAAUACUGGCUUCAUUACACUUGUAUAGUUCAGUUCUUCCAGCAUUACCACUGUUUAAUAGAACAUGAUUAGUCAUAAUAGAGAAAAGCAUAUUAGCUGAGGAGGUAGUUACAUGGCACGGUUCAAUGACUGCUUGGAUGUGAUUGCAAUAUUCUCACAAGAAGCACAUUAUCUCAGUCACGUUCUUUCCAGUCCUCGGAGCCCUCCUUCCUAAAUUCACUGUCAUAAUUUAGUGUCUAUUUAAUAUUUAGUCCUCUCCCUAUUCAAAAGAAAGGAAUGGGGUCCUUUCCCCCACCUCGCCCUCCCCUCCACACCAUACCCCUCUCCCCAGAUGCAAUCUGUUUAGUGAACGCAGAGACUGCUAGUUGUUGUGGGCCGGGUGCUGUGUUGCAAACAGAAGUGUGCUCUGUGUAUGAUUAAAAAGCUGUAAGCAGUAUGUAAUGUGCUGGUUGAAGGAAAGAAAGGGAAUUGAUCAGUCUUAGCCUCAUUUUUCAGUCACUAGCACACUGCCCCUCUGACCUGCGCUGUCAAUGGCAGCAUCAUCCAAAAUGGAUGGGAUGGUGCUUUUGUCCAAGGGAGCCUUUCCUGGAAGAAUUCUCUUCCUGUUUGUAAGUAUGAUGUAAACUCUGACGCUAUACUAUUUAAAUGUUGUACAUAAUUUGUUCAUUCCAUCCGGGAUUUUGCCUUUGAUUUUGCAGGGAGGGGAAAGGGGAUUAUUUGAAAACCCCGAUGGGAGUUCUUUACUCCGGCCACAGUGAAAUGGCUGAUCUGAUCUGUGAGUUGUUGGCAGUGUGUCAUUCUGCUCCUUGUUUUGAUGGUGUGAUGGGGGUGGGGGGUGGCAGUGGGACCUGGAAAUUGAGUUAUUAGUCAGCGAUGCACAAUUUAAACUCCAGUCACUUUUACAAUCCAGCAUUGAGUCCAAAUAAGAUGUAUUUUUCUAGUCCUUCCUUGUGCAUCCCAUGUGUUAGAUCCCUGGCACUGACUUGUUUAACCAGAAGAAUUUGAUUACCGUUGACAGACCUAGACUUCCUUCUAAAUGGUCAUCAAUAUCACUACACUGUUUGAGAACAAGAAGUAGAUUUUACACUUGUCCCUCCUGUAUGAUUUAAACGAUGAAUACUUCAGCUUGUCAGUUUUCAGUGUUUUGUGUAACUUUUUCAAUUCCAUGUUUCCUGGCCACUGUUGCAAUACACCCACCUCCUUAUCUUUUAUCCACUCUCCAGCUCUCAAGUCACCGCCCCUCCAUCCAGUUGAUUUCUCUCUCUGCCCAAAAAUGGACUGAAGGUGAAUGGUUCCGUUGGCUAAUCUUGACUGUCAAGUUGUCCUGGCCCUCAAACCUUUUAACAUACGGAAUCGAGUCUGACGAUCUCAGAACACAAUAUUGGCACGUGGACACUCUGCUCUUGCCCACCCUCCACAGCCAGCUGCAGGCCUAUUGCUUUGCGAAAAGUGGUGAGGGAAGAUUGAGGAGAGAAAUGCCCUUUAGCACUGCACCAUUUUGCGUUUCCUUCUAACUGAUGAAAAUUAUCGGAGAGGUGCAGGCACCGUAGAUUCAAUCAGAAAUAUUCUUGUCUUGUGUGUGUCUUUCCAAUCUCCUCCAUGCUAGGUUGGUAUUUGUGAAGACCAUGACAUGUUAGUUGCAAUAAGCAGCUUUAUAAAAUUGUGGUGUAGACUAUUGAUCAUGGAUUCUAGACAGAAAGGAAGAGGAUCUAUAGAUCUCUGAUACCACCUAACCACUGGUUUGAAUCCUAUGAUCACAGUUUAUUCAAACGUAGUUUGGCCAAGUUGAAUUGAAGUUGCAGCGUGUUAUCGGAGGAUUGGUGUCAGCCGAGACGUCCUAACUAAAAUCCCUGCCAGAUUUCCGCAGGCGCGGGUACCUUUGUGCCUCAUUGAAUUACCCUCAAAUCCUAUAAACUAAACACAAACACGCACAAUUCUGUAUGGAAGAGUCACAGGAUUCACCUGUAAUCUGUUAACAGGGAUGGGUGGCUUUCAACAGUCCAGCGUAUCUGUGUAUUUAGCAACCAGUUCGUCUCGGUGCCGAGUUGACAGUCUUGUAUUAAAGAUGACAGCUUUAUUUGACUUGACAACUAUAAUACAACAUACAAGGGAAUUUGCUUUCCUGUAAUUCACUCUUAAAAACAUGUUGUAGGUGAUGCAUCAAAGAUCAGAUAGCAUCUCACUCAUCCUAAACCAUUACCCUAACAAUCCUCCAAAUCCCAAAUCAUUACUCUGAUACUACUCCAAAUCCCAAAUCAUUACUCUGACACUACUCCAAAUCCCAAAUCAUUACUCUGACACUACUCCAAAUCCAGAAUCAUUACUCUGACACUACUCCAAAUCCAGAAUCAUUACUCUAACACUACUCUAAAUCCAGAAUCAUUACUCUGACACUACUCCAAAUCCAGAAUAAUCACUCUGACACUACUCCAAAUCCAGAAUCAUUACUCUUGACACUUCUCCUUGUCCCAAAUCAUUGCUCUACCACUCCUCCAAUCCCAAAUCAUUGCUCUGACACUCCUCCAAUCCCAAAUCAUUGCUCUGACACUCCUCCAAUCUCAAAUCAUUGCUCCGACACUCCUCCAAUCCCAAAUCAUUGCUCUGACACUCCUCCAAUCUCGAAUCAUUGCUCUGACACUCCUCCAAUCCCGAAUCAUUGUUCUGACACUCCUCCAAUCACGAAUCAUUACUCUAGCACUCCUCCAAUCCCGAAUCAUUGCUCUAAUACUCCUCUACUCUGGGUCAUUGCUUCAACAAUCUCUUCAGGUUUUGCAUCAUGAAUGUGACACAAUUCGAUGAACACUCCUUUGGGUCCUCCAUCUCAAAAUGACAUUGGUGAAAAAAACUUUUGGCAAAAAUUCACUGCCAUGUAUAUACACAGUAAAUAUUUCUCAGUUACAGUUGGCAAUCUGAUCAGUUUAAUAGUUUGUCGUCAUCCAAACCUAUUUGGAUUGCUAUUUUGGAAUACUGAUGUGUAUAUUCUCCACAUUCCUGCUUUGUAAUUCCUGUGUUUCUGGUUUGUUUAGGGAAUACAUCCCUAAAGAGUGCCAAGCCUAACUAUAAACGUAUUCCUAAUCGUGCUUUAUAAGCUGUGCCAGUCAUUACUGUGCCUGGAAUCAGUUUAUCUGCUGUUACACUAACCUGGAAUGUAUCUGUAAAGAGCUGUUAGCUGGCAGUCAUAUCUCAGUGUAAAUAGGUAUAAUAUGGACACUAUCAGAAUGAAUGGUUUCGGUUUUAAUAUUACCUCAUUUGGCAGUUCAUGUUUUGCAAUGACUAGAUGCUUUAUUUAUAUGUUUGUAAUAAUAAUGAAAGCUGUGUGACGUUGCCUGCAUUUUGCCAGUGAAGUUUGUUAGAUUGAGUUAUGAUUGACCAUACCAGUAUGUAUUAUGAUUUUGUGGGUCAACUGUACAGUACUCUGUUAAAGACUGUAAAGUAAUGUAAGGAGACUAAACUCUGUAAUUGUAAAAUGUCUCUUUUCAAUAAAAAAAAGCUUCUUAAU